CAAAGGGUUUGGCUUUGCGGGAUCCACGGAGACAUAAAUGGGUAGAUCUUUUAGUGGAUCAGGCCACACAAUCAUUAACUCUCCUUCUUUCCACUAAUACAAACACCUUUAUUAGCAUCUGUUUAUCGAAACCAAGAUGCGCCCUUUCCAUGCCUGGAGUCUCGUUCUGGUGACUUGUAUUAUUAGUAUGUACAUGUUUUCCCUUGCUGGUGCCACGGAUGCUAGUACCGGUACUACAGAUGAUAGUUCAGUGGUUCCCACUGCAACGCUGUCGAAUGGUCUGGUGAUUCCUUUGGUCGGUUUGGGCUGUGCCAGUGGUGUUCGCAAAUCCCACGUCUUGUCGGCGCUGGAAGCGGGGUAUCGGUAUUUGGAUACGGCCCAAGCGUAUCAAUGGGGGUAUCACGAACGCGAUGUGGCGGCCGCCAUUGCCGAGUCUCCUUUUGUGACGAGACAAGAAAUCUUUGUGGUGACCAAAAUACAUCCCGAAAAUUUGGGUGUCACAUCAACUCGUCGUGCCAUUGAAGGAUCGUUGCAGCAAGCUGGUUUUGGAGGAUAUUUGGAUGGCAUUUUGAUUCACAAACCCCGCUGUUGGCCGGGAGCGUGUUCGAAAGACCCGGAAGGCACGUGGCAAGAGAGUUGGAAAGUCUUGGAAGAAUACUACGAUAAAGGACUCGUCAAGGCCAUUGGCAUUUGCGAUGUCGACAAUGAACGCAUGUUGGACGAACUCAUGCAACAACGCAUUCCACCUCAUAUUAUUCAAAAUUGGUUUGAUCCAUUCCAUCAAACACACGACAUUCGUCAAGCCAUUCAAGCCAAGGGAAUUCUCUUUCAAGCUUACUCGACACUCGGGACGCAAUGGAAACAUUUUCGAGGACUCGAUCAAAAUCCCGUCUUGACGUCCACCACACUUACCGACAUGGCACAUCGUCAUGGGGUGCCUGGACCUGCUCAGGUUGUGAUCCAGUGGGCUGUCAACAAGUACGGAAUCUCCGUCUUGCCCGCGUCUACCAAUCCUCAACGACAAGCCGACAAUUUGCACGCAUCGUUUUCCUUUGUUCCAAUGAACGAACAAGACUUUGAAGUGCUGGAUCAAAUGGACGGUACGGCACCGGCACCCUCCCGGCCCGAUCCCAAUCAAGUUGCCAUGACCUUUACUACAACUACACGACGACAAGAAGAAGAAGUAGUACAGGCGUUUUGGGUGGACGAAGACGGCCAGGAAGUUCCCGUGGGGACUAUCGAAGCCAAUCGAGAAUUGAACAUGAACUCCUAUCAUGGACAUGCCUUUGUUUUUCGCUCUUCGGCGGGAAAGCUUUUGUUAGAGCAUACCGUUUCCAGGAAUGGAGGCAGAAAACAGACGGUAGUGGUAGGUGAUGGAGACAACGAUGAGGAGGAAUUGUAAUAUUUCCAUUCUCCAUUCUCUAGAAAUGAUAAUGGUGCCAUUGGACAGUGUGGUUGUCUCUCUACUAGCUGUAGCCGCGAGAAAGGGAUGUCAACGUCAUUUGCCCAACAGCGAAAGAGGAAGAAGAAACCAACAAGACGGGUGUUUUCGUUCACAUCAAGUGAAGCAACCUUGCCCGCGCAAGAAACAAAAAGGGAGAGAUUGAUUCUCUUGGUCAGAGGUCUGAAAGCUCCCAAACCUCCUGGGCAGCAUUUGGCUCUUGAGGAACCUAAACUUCUUUUAGUAUAGCUGGUAGAGUCUCUUGUAGUUCCUUGAUGGAUGGUUAGCUAUUGCAAGAAACACCACACUAGAGUGCUACCGUGGAACCUAGCU